GCUAGUGGACGCACAGGUGAAGCUGGAAGUGGUGGCCGGAGGCCGAAACCGCGGCAGGGGCGGGGCACUGCGGGGCCGACUGGUCAGGUCCGGCGCCGCGCCGGUCGUGGCCAGUGCCCCGGCUCAAGCGCCAUGCUCGGCAGGUCCGGGUACCGGGCGUUGCCCUUGGGGGACUUUGACCGCUUCCAGCAGUCGAGCUUCGGCUUCCUGGGGUCGCAGAAGGGCUGCUUGUCCCCGGAACGGGGCAACGUGGGGCCCGGGGUCGAUGUGCCCCAGAGCUGGUCAUCCUGCCUCUGCCAUUGUCUUAUCAGUUUCUUGGGAUUCUUGUUGCUGCUGCUUACCUUCCCUAUUUCUGGAUGGUUUGCCCUGAAGAUUGUGCCUACCUAUGAGCGGAUGAUCGUGUUCCGGCUGGGCCGGAUCCGCACCCCGCAGGGACCUGGCAUGGUUCUGCUCCUGCCCUUCAUUGACUCCUUCCAGAGGGUGGAUCUGAGGACAAGAGCCUUCAAUGUCCCUCCCUGCAAGCUGGCCUCUAAGGACGGGGCUGUGCUGUCCGUGGGGGCCGAUGUCCAGUUCCGCAUCUGGGACCCAGUACUGUCAGUGAUGACCGUGAAGGACCUGAACACAGCCACGCGCAUGACAGCACAGAAUGCCAUGACCAAGGCCCUGCUGAAGAGGCCCCUGCGGGAGAUCCAGCUGGAGAAACUCAAGAUCAGUGACCAGCUCCUGCUGGAGAUCAAUGACGUGACCAGGGCAUGGGGGUUGGAAGUGGACCGCGUGGAGCUAGCAGUAGAAGCAGUGCUUCAGCCACCCCCGGACAGCCCUGCCACGGGCACCAACCUAGACAGCGCCCUCCAGCAGCUGGCCCUCCACUUCCUGGGAGGAGGCAUGUCCUCAAUGGCAGGAGGUGCCCCGCCCCCAGGGCCAGACACCUUGGAGCUGGUGAGUGAAGUUGAGCCCCCGGCCCACCACAUGAGUGCUGGGCCCAGCCCGAAGCAGCCUGUGGCCGAGGGGCUGCUGACUGCUCUGCAGCCCUUCCUUUCCGAAGCCCUGGUCAGCCAGGUCGGAGCCUGCUACCAGUUCAACGUGGUCCUGCCCAGUGGCGCCCAAAGCAUAUACUUCCUGGAUCUCACCACAGGGCAAGGGAGGGUGGGACAUGGGGUGCCUGAGGGCAUCCCCGACGUGGUGGUGGAGAUGACUGAGGCAGAUCUGCGGGCUCUGCUGUGCAGGGAGCUGCGGCCCCUGGGAGCCUACAUGAGUGGGCGGCUGAAGGUGAAGGGUGACCUGGCCAUAGCCAUGAAGCUGGAGGCUGUCCUCAGAGCCCUCAAGUAGCAGCCUUGGUUGGUCACCCAGAGCCC